AUGAAAAACCAGAUUCACUUUGAUUCAGAAGAGCUUUUUGACACCACUUCAACUGACAGUGAAGAGGAAUACAUUCCUAAGACAAGUGAGGACUUUGAUGAUUCCGGCAGAAGUGAAGUCCUGGAAGUUGUGGACCCUCUCCUCAAGAUAAAAGAUGUCAUCACAGAUUUUUCUCCCUUAACCCAAAGAUCUGAAGCCUCUUCACAGCAGGUUGUUACAAGAGGGCGUUCACCUGUUAGGAGAAGUAGCUCUGGUCUGAUGCGUAAAAGGCAAUGCUACAGAAGUGUGGUUCAUCAUUCAACACUAGCCAGCCAUGCUGACUCAUCUAACCAGAGUUUUGUAGCAGACACUGAUGCCCUCUCCCAAAACUCAGAGGUGAAUUUAGACCAGGACCAGGACGAAUGUCUUCCUGACAGUUCCUCUUCCAUUCUUACAAAUGAUAAUGAUUCUGGUGGUCCACUUUCCAUACCCGCUGUCUGCAAAAAAGAGAAUGGGUCAAGACUUUAUAACAAGAAGCAGUACUGUUUGUACUGCAAAUUGGGUGUUGUAAAAAUUGCAAGACAUUUAGAGCGAGCACAUAUAGAUGAGUCAGAGGUUGCACAGGCUUUUGCCUUCAAAAUAGGCUCCAAAGAAAGACAAAUGCAUCUGGAACUUUUGAGAAACGGGCAACUUUUCACACAACGUUGAAGUACUACACUCUGGGGUCAGUAACCUUGUUCCCCGCAAGCAGCCGAGGCAGGAUUCCAGUGCACAGGAUUUCCUACACUGUGCAUAUUGUCAAGGCUUUUUUGCCAGAAAGCUCCUUUGGCGGCACAUGCAAAUUUGCAAGCUUAGGCCUUCUGUACCACACAAACCAGGUUUAACCCGUGUCCAGGCCCUUUGUGCAUUUACCACACCUCCUCCACCUGGCGUCAAACAGGACUGGAAACUCUUAAACAACAUGGUCCAAGAUGAGGUUUUUUCAGCAGUUAAAUCUGAUGCCUGUAUUCUGGAGUACGGAGACCAUCUGUACAACAGACUGGGAUAUGAUCCUGGAAAACAUGAAUAUAUCCAGCAGAAGUUAAGAGAGCUUGGAAGACUUCUGCUGUGCUCCAGGAAAAAACACUUCCAUGAAGACCAUUCGAGACCACAUCAGACCAUCCAACUUCAUGCAAGUUAUUCACGCUGUAAAAGAGGUGGCAGGUUUUGAUAGUGCAACCAACACUUACAAGUCUGGCCCUCAAAAUUGGACAUAGCCUGACAAAGGUAUCAAUGCUUGAUGAAAGUCGUGCAAAUGUACAAAACAAUUACAGUGCUGCCAAAGAUGCACGUACAUUUCGCAGAGUGUACGAAACUCGCUGGAAUGAAAUGGUUUCGGCUGCAUCACUGAGGACACUGCAGGAAGCCAGGUGGAACACCCCUCUGCUGCUUCCUUUCACAAAGGAUGUCCAAACUCUCCACUCCUAUUUGGAUGAGAAACAGCAACAUUACAGCUCAAAACUAUCCACUGAGACAUCCUCGCAAACAUGAUGACAGCUGACCAAGGUCACGUUGACUCAAGUCAUCCUUUUAAAUCGUCGAAGAGCUGGGGAGGUGUCAAAAAUGCCCAUGACAGCAUAUUUGUCUAACAGUACAGCAGAUCCUCAAGAUGAUGUGAUUGAUGCCCUGUCACCUGUUGAGAAGAAACUCUGCCAACAGAUCGAGAUCAGGGGAAAAAGAGGAAGAAAGGUUCCCAUUCUUCUGACCCCGGCAAUGCAGCAUGCAUUGGAUUGGAUUUACAGCAUGCAGCAAACGGCAGGAAUGUGGGGUUCCUAAAGAGAACAGGUACCUUUUUGCUAGACCAUCUGCCUUUACAUGCCUCCGUGGUUCUGACUGCCUUCAACAUUUUGCAAUGAUCUGUGGUGCAAAAAGUCCCGAAAGUCUCGCCUCCACAAAGCUUCACAAACAAACAGGAACUCUUUCACAAGUUCUCAACCUCAGCAACACAGAGUUGGACCAGUUGGCUGAUUUUCUCGGUCAUGACAUAUGUGUACAUAGGCAGUUCUAUAGGCUUCCUGAAGGCACCCUCCAGCUUGCUAAAAUAAGCAAAGUUCUAAUGGCUCUGGAGAAAGGACACCUGGAAUUCAAGGGAAAGACCUUGGAUGACAUCAACAUUGACCCGGAGGGUACUGUUUGUCUAUCUCUCUUGUCUCCUUUUGAAGGAAAUGCACUUUUUGUAAUUAUGUUUUCUGGGCAUGUCAAAAACAAAUGAUCUUGAAUAACACUCAUUCUCCCUCACCCCCAUACAGAGAAUGUGCACCCUGACAGCGAUCCUGACGAGGCAUGCGAGUCGGGCUCUGAAGGUUGGUAUUUACAUGCAAUUUUAUAUGUGACCACAUAUAAAAUUGUAGACGUCCACAUAUUUGUAGACAUCCAUGUGCAAUAUCAGUUUACAGAAUCCAUUUGGAGCCUGCUUUUGCUUGUCAACAACUGGUCAUAAAAUGUUUUUGUUAACUUUAAAGCUCAUCGGUCUUCAUGUCCAUUUGCAACAUCGGAGAGGUGAUCAUGUAAUGUCUGUAACGGCUUCAUUUUAAUCCCUGCACCAAGUUUAGUUUGAGCUUUCAGAUUGCUGUUAUAAGCACUUGCAUGUCAAGCACAAGCAUGGUGUAAGAGGUGUUGGGGGGGCAAUAGGGUAGGUGGGUUUACCUCUUUUAGGUUAGGAUAUAACCAGGGUGGUGUAUCCACAGAGAUCAUAAUCACAAGAUGCCACACGACCCCAGGAUGCUCCAAGACCACCGCCAUCUUGGAGCAGUACUUGUUAAUGGUUUUCAGUCAAUUGUAGUUUUUGAGGCCUGUGAUUCACCUUACAACAGCAUUUGUUCACAUUCAACAAAAAGGGAACAAGUUAGGUUAUGUGAUUUACUUAAUUGCAAUAUCACCUCAAAAUGUGCUUAAUGGCACAGAAAAACAAUAGUAAGUAUUUAUCAACUCCAUCAACUGUAUUUAUGUCACAGGCUUGAAACUACAACACUACUCUACAGCACUAUUUAGCUGUGUCAAAGAGCUAGUUAAGAGUUAUUGAGUUAAUAUUUUUUUCAGUUUAUGUGAAUUGAAAUAGUUUAUGAGCUAAUUUCAGGUAAGACUUACAGAGAGUAAUUUUGCACAUGUAUUUUACAUGUAUUUAGAUUUAUAGUUUUACCCUUCUUAUCAGCAUGGAGGAUCAAUACUGCAGUCAGUCAGCAGAGAUCUUGAAACGUUUGUGAGUUGGGGAGAGCACUGUUAUGCUACAGUCUGUAGUCGUUAGACUUCCAAUAUGUUUGUGGGGUUUGUUAACCUGUGCCUCAUAGUGAAGAGCUUCAAAUUAUGACCAACAUGUAUAAAGUCAACCUUUAUGCUAACAUUUUAAAGUUAAUGGAUGAAAGUAAUUAUAACUCAGUUUUACACUUGACUUCAUAACAUCAAGUGACAAGAAGUGCCUUACUUCCUGUGAAUUCAGUUUAGAGGUACUUCAAAAGAAAAGCAUUUGCUGUUAACCAGAUAAUCCCAAAUCUUUCAAUUUAGCAGGUAAAUUGACAAAUACCCCCCUAAAUAAUGUAAAUAAUGUAUUUUAAUAUGUCAUUAGGAACUUUCUAAACUAAAUUUGAUUAAAAAAAUAUUCAAGGAAACAAUUUUCAUCAUCCUGUAUACUAAUUUUUAAUGUAUGAACAUAUAUACUUUUCCUUUUAAACAUGAGAAACUUGAUCAACUUCUGGAGAUUCUUGGUUACAAAUAUUAAAUCAAAAAACUUAAACAUAAAGGGGUUGAAUGGCUGGUGUCACGUGUGCUUCACAAUCAGUUAGAGCAUGACCACAGUCACAAUAUCCAACUGAUUUUUCACCUAUUGCACAAAGGAGCUAGUGAGCUGUGGUGGAUAAAGUCUAUAUUCUUCUGCUCUGUUGUAGGGAGUAAGUUAACAUCUAGUCAGAGGGAAGAGGAUGCACCAUCUGAUGUGAACCAUGAUGAUGCAUCACCACAGCAGAGCACCACCGCACCUCAAAACACCAAACAACCAAGAUCACCAAAAACGGAGAGAGGCAAGUUCUCUGAGACCGGUCUGAAAUCAGAUUAG